UUCUAAAAAAUCCCGUAGAAACUGAGUGUUUUAUUCAUCUGAAUUUUUUUUUUUUGAUAGAAAUGGCAACGAUGCUGAACUCGAUUCAGGGUUCAUGUUUACAAUCUCAUGAUGGAGUUAUGGCCGUUCCACAACCUUCUCUUAAAGUAUUUUCAGGGUUGAAGUUCCAUUCAGACAGCAUUUUUGGAUCUAAGAAACCUAAUUUGACAGCUGAAUUCCAUGAUAAAGUUUAUAAAAGUAUACAGUCCAGGACUCGUGGCAAACCAACUCGUGCACGUAUUGGAAUGAUGCCCAUUGGUACACCAAGAGUGCCCUACAGAACUCCUGGUGAAGGAACAUGGCAGUGGGUCGAUUUGUGGAAUGCUCUUUACAGGGAACGUGUUAUUUUUAUUGGACAAGAGAUAGAUGAGGAGCUUAGUAACCAAAUACUGGCAACAAUGCUGUACCUAGAUAGUUUGGAUUCUUCUAAAAUGCUCUAUCUAUAUAUCAAUGGUCCAGGUGGUGAUCUUACUCCAUGCAUGGCUGUAUAUGACACGAUGCAGAGCUUAAAGAGUCCUGUUGGUACUCACUGUGUAGGCUACGCAUAUAACCUUUCAGGAUUUCUUCUUGCAGCUGGAGAUAAGGGUAGUCGCUUUGCUAUGCCUCUCUCUAGAAUCGCCCUGCAAUCUCCUGCUGGGGCUGCUCGUGGCCAGGCCGAUGAUAUUAAAAAUGAAGCAAAUGAGCUUUUGAGAAUCAGAGACUACCUUUUUGAUGAAUUGUCUAUCAAGACAGGGCAGCCUGCUGAAAAGAUUCACAAGGAUCUUAGCAGAAUGAAACGGUUCAACUCACAAGAGGCUUUGGAAUAUGGACUCAUUGAUCGUAUUAUUAGGCCUCCUCGUGUUAAGGCUGAUGCACCACGUAAAGAAGCUGGGACAGGUCUUGGUUAAGCUUUAUUCUCGCAUUAAUAAUACAGAUAGGCUAAAAUUGUUGUAAAAAGUUGGAUUUUUUUGCUCUGCGAGAGUUAUUCUAGUCUCUCCAAAUUGAAUCCAUUAUCAAAACGGUUCUUUUCUUUACAUCUUUACUUAGUUGGUAAUAAAUGUUUUUUUUUUCUUGUUA